UUCUCAUUCGUAAAAAAUUAUCUUCUUUACAAUUUAUUCCUUUUUUCAGUUUUCUAAAUAUAGCUCAGUUUUCAUGAAUGACAUAAUAAUGUCUAAUUCUGAGGAUUUAGGUGCCCACAAAAGUAAUUCAGAUGAUGAGCUGCUUUUCUCUUCACCUACUAUGAAGAAAAUGUUGGAAGUGAUGAUGAUCCAGACUUUUGACCGUGUUCUAAAACCAACCUUGGGAAAAUUGAUUCGUAAUGUUGCAAGUAUACUACUUUACUCAAUAUUCAAAUGUAAAACAUGAACUUGAAUUGGCAGAGAAGAAGUUUUUGUUCACAAAGGGAAACCCUGAAAAAGAUAUUCAAGCUCCUAAACUAAGAAUCUUGAAGUUGAUGUUCUUGUCGGAAGUAUCUGUUCCUGUACUUACCGGAAAGGAAAUUAAAGGAGAAGGAGGUAAUGCUAUUGAAUUGGUCUUAGUUGAUGAUAACACUGGAGAAAUUGUUGAAUCUGGACCAGAAGCAUCAGCUAAAGUGGAAAUUGUUGUUCUUAGGGGAGAAUUUGGAGAUGAUGAUGGAGGUAAUUGGACAGUAGAAGAGUUCGGUAGUAAUGUUGUGCGAGAGAGGGAAGGAAAAAAACCUCUUCUAGCAGAAACUGUACAUGUGAGACUUAAUAAAGGCAUUGGUUCUGUAGACAAAAUCAAAUUUUCACAUUCUGCAAUCUAUAUGAAGAUGGGGAUGUUCAGGUUAGGUGCACGAUUUGUUGACACUUUCAAUAGCAUUCAAGUAAAAGAAGCAAGGACUGAAUCUUUCACUGUCAAGGAUGGGCGCCAGCAAUAUCAUGAGAAGCAUGAUCCACCAUCUCUAUCCGAUGGGGUACACCGGUUAAAAAACAUAGGUAGAGGCAGUAAGAAUCGCCUCUGUGAUGUAAAUGUCCGCACUGUAGAGGACUUUCUGAUUUUGCUCCUAAAAGACUGUGAGCGACUCAAAUGUGUACUUAAUCUAAAGCCAAAGAUGUUGGAGGAGACAAUUAGCCAUGCUCGGAGAUGCAUAACUAAUGAACGGACAUACUCGUAUAUUGAUUUACAAGAAAAAGAAGGGGUGGUUUUUAACAUUGUUGGAGAGGUGCAGGGACUUAUUCUAGGGGGUCAAUAUCUACCUAUGCAUCUAUUAUCUGAUAGUGAAAAGACUAAUGCUCAGAGGCUGCUCGUAUCUGCAUGUGAAAAUUGGGAUCAUGUAGUAACAGUUGAUAAUGAGACAUUUUUUAUGCAAUAUCCUUCUCAACUAUUGCCAACCAUGAACCCUUCGAAUUCUCCUAGCCGAGAGGUUCCUAGCACCAGUAAUAAUGUAGAGAAUCUUAGAACAAGUGAUGGACACUGUUCUACCUCUUUUCAGCGCAAUGUUUCAUCCGUCAUUCCUGCCAGAGUUGCAAGUGGAAUCAGUCAGAACGAUCCUGAUUCUGUCAGUAUCAGUAACCAGGAGUUCUCUAACUCCCCAAUAUAUAGUCCUUUAGUCCAACAUUUUUGGAUUGAUCAAUGCAACUACCAGUUAGAAGACAUAUAUUUUGGAUUUGAUACUCAUCAACCACAUGAUGCUUCUGCCUCUACGGUAAAUGUGCAUAACCGGUGGAAAAUGUUGCUUAAAAUCUUUAGACAGUCCUCAAUGAGAAGAAGAGCUGCAGCAUUAACGGAUAUUCAGCCUCUGAAGAAGCAGAGAGUCUUUUGAUUCUAUUGCUUUUUACUGUCAGUAAUCAGUUCAAUAGCAGGUGCAUAGUUCCCUAGUGAUGUUGCUGCUUGCCAAAAAUAUUAUUAACUUUGAAGGAUGAGUUUUGACUACUCUGGUUAUGUUAUGCAGUUGAAACUUGAAAGGAUAGAUCUCAGAGUUCCUCAUUACAAACAAAGGCAGCAUAACCUUCCACUGCAGAUUCUAGUUACUUGUAGUUCUGGUGCUGUAGUAGCUGGGAUUCAACAUUUGAGAAGGCAUCUUGAAAGUCUAAUAUAGUUAUAUGUUAGAAUGUCGAUAAUAUAGGUAUAUGUUCUGAAGUGUUUAGAUUCAUUUUACAUCUUGGUUAAAAUAUUAGAAUAUCAUUGAUCAUCAUCUCAUGAUUUCGAGUCCCAAUAGUUAGGAGCAUCUUUGUUUCAUGAAAUAUUAACUCCUGAGUAUAUAAGUAGGUGUAGCCAAUAUGAAAGGGGGUUGAAAUAAUACUUGGUGAGGCAAGAUUAUAUGUUCAUAUUACACCUCCUAUAUCUUCUUCGUUAUCAGGUUCUAAACUCUGUGUAUUUUGGAAUUCAUUUCAUAUAAGUUUCUUUCUGUCUCAUCGA